AUGCAGUGUGGGAGGUCGGCAAUCGGUCGUACCUGCAGUGUGGGAGGUCGGCAAUCGGUCGUACCUGCAGUGUCGGAGGUCGGCAAUCGGUCGUACCUGCAGUGUCGGAGGUCGGCAAUCGCUCGUACCUGCAGUGUGGGAGGUCGGCAAUCGGUCGUACCUGCAGUGUGGGAGGUCGGCAAUCGGUCGUACCUGCAGUGUGGGAGGUCGGCAAUCGGUCGUACCUGCAGUGUGGGAGGUCGGCAAUCGGUCGUUCCUGCAAUGUCGGAGGUCGGCAAUCGGUCGUACCUGCAGUGUCGGAGGUCGGCAAUCGGUCGUUCCUGCAGUGUCGGAGGUCUGCAAUCGGUCGUUCCUGCAGUGUCGGAGGUCGGCAAUCGGUCGUUCCUGCAGUGUCGGAGGUCGGCAAUCGGUCGUACCUGCAGUGUGGGAGGUCGGCAAUCGGCCGUACCGCAGUGUGGGAGGUCGGCAAUCGGUCGUACCCGCAGUGUGGGAGGUGGGCAAUCGGUCGUACCCGCAGUGUGGGAGGUCGGCAAUCGGUCGUACCUGCAGUGUGGGAGUUACCAAGAGAUGGCCCUAUCGCAUACAUCAUUCUUGGCUGUGUCCUUACUGUUGGUGGUCUCCAUACAGCAAACAUUACAGACGGGCACUGACGAUGCAAACGCUCAGGCGGCGACAAAAAGCAGCAGCGGCGACAGCAGCAAAGCCGACAGCGACGCCAACGACUUAAGCGCCAGCAGUGACGUUAUACGGCUAGUACGGAGAUAUGUGCCCAGAUUUGUUGGCAAAAGAGAACAAGAACCACUUGAGAUACUAAACGAAACACCUGACUCUAAAAUAAAUUUUGACGAUGACGACGGAGAACUUGACAUGAGCGUUACGGAAUAUUUUAAUCGUUUAGACGAUUCCGAAAAGGGGGAAUUCCUUAAAGACGUACGCGAUGCGUUUGAUAAUGCUUUCAUUGAUGAUUUGUAUGACGCUGAAGGUGUGAGUGACAAUGUAGAUUCCGAGGAAGGUGAUACUAAUUCUGUUGAAACUCAGGAAGACGCCGAAGGUUUGCCAAAUUCUAUUGACAAACGAUUUAGAACUUAUUACGGUGGCCGGCAGUAUAAUCCUAUGUUUGUAGGGAAAAGAUAUCGUCCAAUGUUUGUUGGGAAAAGAUACAGACCAAUGUUUGUUGGGAAGCGAUACCGACCUAUGUUUGUUGGAAAACGGUACCGACCUAUGUUUGUUGGCAAGCGAUAUCGCCCGAUGUUUGUUGGUAAGAGGUAUCAACCUAUGUUCGUUGGAAAGCGAUACACUCCACAAUUCGUCGGGAAACGAUACACGCCAAGAUUUGUUGGUAAACGCGAUACAUCAGAGGCUGCCGAGAAAUCAGCGAUGGAAAAACGAUCAGUGUUGUUGACCAAUGUUGAUGAAGAGCUUAAAAACGAAGAUGCUUCUUCAAGGAAAAAACGAUCAGUAGAAGACUUAGAUGAAGAAAUGCAGAGACGUGCUUGGGGUCGGUACGUUCCUUGGAAGACUGCACCGCUUGCCUCCGCUCCUGUAACAAAGCGGUUUGUUGCUCCUGAAUUUAUUGGCAGACGCGAUUCCCUCUCUUCUAUUCUCUCAGCACUGGAUGCAUUGGACCUUGCACGAAAUCCUUUAAGAUCUACAUCAAAGAGAUUUGAAGCCCCUAUGUUUAUCGGAAAGCGUGUACCUAGACCGAUGUUUGUAGGAAAACGAAACCAGUAUACUUCGGAAAUGAGUGUAGACAGCAGAUUUCCUUUAGAGUAUUCAGGACUUGACUCAAUUGGCAGUGCGUCUGACGGAUAUGCAUACCAGCCCCAGCUCUUGGACGAUUAUAACAGUCCUCAGUACACAAUAUCACAUUACUAG